AUGGAAGGAGUAUCAGAAGAUCUGACACAAGAGCUCCAAACUGUUGCUGACGACAUCGGAAAAGAUUGGAAACGCCUACUCCGCCGGCUUGGUCUAAAAGACGUCGACAACGUCUUAGACCAAGUUGAGCACAGCUACAAAGACGACCUUGUCGAGAUGGCCUACCAGGGUCUUCGGAAGUGGAGACAACAGGAAGGCAAGGAGGCGACUCUGCAGAAGCUGCUAGUAGCCCUGGAGAAGAUUUGUCGGCGUGACCUGACCGACAAGCUGUUCGCUGAUCGUGCUGUUGACACCAGUACAGAGAGAACUGCGCUAACCCACCGUCCUUCUGAUCCAGACACUGAGCAAACUGUGCCUAAGCAGCUGAUGUCAGAAGACACCCCAUGCUCUGCACGUUCUGAAAAACAAAAGUGCCUCCCAAGGUUGCUUAAGACUCUUAAAGAGCGUCUCACAGUCAGGCGGAGAGCUGUCAUUGGUAUCCAUUGA